AUUCACGGCACAUCCCACCUUACCCUGUCUUGCACCCCCUCCUAAUCUACUGGCGGCCUCGCCUUCUCACGGACCUAAUAUCUCUCUCUCCCCUUCCAACAUGUCGCGGCGACCCAAUCCCGCCGCUGAUCGAGCCGAACAGAAUCGCCAAACUCUCAAGAGCCUGGUGAAACUCGAAGCCAACAAGAGCUGUGCGGACUGCAAGAGGAAUAAACACCCGCGAUGGGCUAGUUGGAAUCUAGGCAUUUUCGUCUGCAUACGAUGUUCGGGUAUUCACCGUGGUAUGGGAACACAUAUCAGUCGAGUCAAGUCCGUUGACCUUGACUCCUGGACCGACGAGCAGCUUCAGAGUAUGCUGAAGUGGGGCAACGCGAGGGCCAACAAGUACUGGGAAGCCAAACUGGCCCCUGGACACACACCAUCCGAAGCGAAGAUCGAGAACUUUAUACGUACCAAGUAUGAAUCGAAGCGAUGGGUCAUGGACGGCGGCAUACCAGAUCCUUCAACCCUGGAUGUUUCAGACGACGAUAUGCCCCUGAAGAAGGUCCAAGAGAAAGUGCAAAUUGAGCGGUCCGCUUCACAGCGCCUCGGAUCUGUCUCCAGACAGCCUCCGCCGGUACAGGCCAGGGCGCAGCCAGCGAUUGACCUAUUCGGCGAUGAUCCCACCCCGGCACCCCCACGACCGAGUACAGGCCCUCCACUUGCGAGAGCAGUCCCCCCGAAAUCGGAUCCGGCGCCUCCAAAGCAAACAAGGGCUGGAGACUCGCUGUUGGGAUUGGAUUUCUUGGGGGGCGGUUCGUCUACCCAGCCAGCGAGACCCUCCAGCACGGGGCCAGCGGCCGCCGCCUCGUCGCGGCCAGAUUUGAAGCAGUCGAUCUUGUCACUGUAUGCAUCAGCCCCGAAACCACCUCCGCAACCGCAGAUACAGCAUGGCCGGCAAGAGUCUUUUGGUGGUCUUACGUCGCCAGGCGCCUCCCAGUCACAGCAAUCUCCUCAGCAGUCUAGUUUUGGUGGACUGAACGAUGCAUUCAGCAGCUUGUCAUUUAGCUCACAACCCGCGCCUCCGCAACCGAAGCCCUCUCCGUUUUCUGGCCUAGAUAGUUUCUCGAGUACGCGAUCGCCACCGCCAGCUUCGUCAUCAUCCAUGUUCGGCGGUGGAGGAAGUUUCUUUGAUUCUACUCCCAGGUCACCACCGGCUCCCCAAUCUCAGGGUCAAAAACGGGCUACUAGCACAUCAGGCUUUGGAGACUUCUCAGCCUUUACCUCACCAGCGCCAUCCGCACCGGCAAAGCCUGCAGCUUCUUCGGGCAUGAACGACCUUCUUGACCUUUCUAUGCCCGCUCCUGCCCCGCCCGCUCCCAGCAACCCCAUCUCUUCCCCUCCAAUUUCAUCCCCACCCAUCAACUCGGCGUUUAAUUUGUCAUCACCAGCCGCACCAGCCGCACCAAAGCCUGCGCCAGCUGCAGCACCUCCUGCAGCAAUAAACUUUUCCGGUUUCUCGAACAUGGACGCGUGGGGUAGUACAGACGCUUGGGCAUCCUCCGCACCAAGUCAACCUGCUGCUCCGACCACCACCUCACAAACCCAGCCGAAGAGCCCUGGUGGUUGGGGGUCGCAUACUAGCCCUCAUAUAACACAAGACGAUGACUUUGGCGGCUGGAGUAGUGCUCCUCCUCCUGUGCCUAGUGCUACGACUCUUCCGCAGACUCAUACUCAUGCACACAUGCCGGGUUCUACGCCGAGUGCGAGUAAGCCGGCCGGUGGAUUUGGGGGCGGCGAUGAUUUGUUCUCAAAUGUUUGGGAAUAAGACGAAGUCUAACGAGGGAAAGUGGCUUGUUUGAGCGUGCUUGGGCAUUGCGUAGAUUUACGAACCUUGGGAGGGCAGGAAACGCACCGGAAGUUCCGAAACGGAGUCUGCGGUGUACGGAUUCGCGUG